AUGCCGACAGUAAUCGAUAUUGUUAUUUGUAUUGAUUACACAUCAUCAAUAAUGUCCUAUUUUGAUCAAAUUCGUAUAAUGAGUUUAGUUAUUUGUGCAGUGGCAUUAACAAAUCAAGAUGGUGUUCGUAUAGGUAUUAUUAAAUUCCGAUCAUGUUAUGAUAGAUGGAGAACACAAGUAUAUGGAUUUACUCAAAAUAUAAAUGUCAUUAAUCAAAUACUCACUGGAAAUGACCUAGGUGGAACAAGUCCAGAUAGAUGUAAAGUUGUGGGUGAUGCCUUGCAUGAAGCUCUCAACUUCCCAUGGCGUGUUAACAAUGACGAUCAGGUAUUCAACGAAAAACUUGUUAUUUUAAUUACUGAUGGUGCUCCGAAUGGUCUUUUUACGACAUUAAAUGGUGCAGAUCCUUGGAUAAUAUCGAAUAAGUUUAUGAAAAAAGAUAUAACUUUAGUCGUUGUUGGUGUUGGAGAAGGUAUUAAUGAAUGUGAUGAUUUUUACUGUGCAUUAGCUCAGAAUACAGGUGGUCAAUACAUUCCGUUGGUCAAUGCUGAACGUAUUCUUCAAAAUAUUAUUGAAACGGUUAUUAAUGAAGAAACAACAUUUCAUCAAUGUCUUCGUCAUGUCAUGAUUGAAGAAAUUGAAAAAAAUUCAUCAUUUAAAUAUUCAUACAUGAAAGAUCGAGUUAAUGAUAUGAUCAAAGAAUGUCAAACAAUAGAUGAUAUUCGACAAUUAUUUUUCAAUCAUCGUUUAUCUACUCUUUCAUAA